AUGGCUCGUCUGUAUGGAUCAUGGGAACAAAUGGCUCGUCUGUAUGGAUCAUGGGAACAAAUGGCUCGUCUGUAUGGAUCCUGGGAACAAAUAGCUCGUCUGUAUGGAUCCUGGGAACAAAUGGUUCGUCUGUAUGGAUCCAGGGGGCAAGAAGUCGUCUGUUUAGAUGCUGAAAACAAGGGGCUCGUUUAUAUGGAUGCUGAGACCAAAUGGCUCGUCUGUAUGGAUCCUUGGAACAAAUGGCUCGUCUGUAUGGAUCCUUGGAACAAAUGGCUCGUCUGUAUGGAUCCCGGGAACAAAUGGCUCGUCUGUAUGGAUCCUGGGAAUAAAUGGCUCGUCUGUAUGGAUCCUGGGAAUAAAUGGCUCGUCUGUAUGGAUCCUGGGAAUAAAUUCCUCGUCUGUAUGGAUCCUGGGAACAAAUGGUUCGUCUGUAUGGCUCCUGGGAACAAAUGGCUCGUCUCUAUGGAUCCUUGGAAUAAAUGGCUCGUCUGUAUGGAUCCUGGGAACAAAUGGCUCGUCUGUAUGGAUCCUGGGAAUAAAUGGCUCGUCUGUAUGGAUCCUUGGAACAAAUGGCUCGUCUGUAUGGAUCCUGGGAAUAAAUGGCUCGUCUGUAUGGAUCCUGGGAAUAAAUGGCUCGUCUGUAUGGAUCCUGGGAAUAAAUUCCUCGUCUGUAUGGAUCCUGGGAACAAAUGGCUCGUCUGUAUGGAUCCUGGGAAUAAAUGGCUCGUCUGUAUGGAUCCUGGGAACAAAUGGCUCGUCUGUAUGGAUCCUGGGAAUAAAUGGCUCGUCUAUAUGGAUCCUUGGAACAAAUGGCUCGUCUGUAUGGAUCCUGGGAAUAAAUGGCUCGUCUGUAUGGAUCCUGGGAACAAAUGGCUCGUCUGUAUGGAUCCUGGGAAUAAAUGGCUCGUCUGUAUGGAUCCUGGGAACAAAUGGCUCGUCUGUAUGGAUCCUGGGAACAAAUGGCUCGUCUGUAUGGAUCCUGGGAACAAAUGGCUCGUCUGUAUGGAUUCUGGGAACAAAUGGCUCGUCUGUAUGGAUCCUGGGAACAAACUUAUUAUAAUCAAUAAUUUAAUCCAUAACAUCACACAUAUGUUAUAG